UGAUGAUAAGGUAGUAGAAGAACAAGCAGAAGAAGAUGAGGAGCUAACUGUUGUGGAAGGUGAAGAUGCUGAUGACGACGAUGAUGAUGGUGAUGAAAUUGAAGAAGAGACAGAGGAAGAAUAUGAGGAGGCAACUGAAAGAACUACUAGUAUUGCAACUACUACCACCACAACUACAGAGUCUGUGGAAGAGGUUGUCCGAGAGGUGUGCUCUGAGCAAGCCGAGACUGGUCCGUGCCGCGCGAUGAUCUCCCGCUGGUACUUUGACGUGGCCGAAGGAAAGUGCGCGCCCUUCUUUUACGGUGGCUGCGGCGGGAACCGGAACAACUUUGACUCGGAGGAGUACUGCAUGGCGGUCUGUGGCAGCGUCAUCCCUACCACAGCUGCUAGCACUCCUGAUGCUGUUGACAAAUACUUGGAAACACCUGGAGAUGAGAAUGAACAUGCCCAUUUCCAGAAAGCCAAGGAGAGACUUGAAGCUAAGCAUCGUGAGAGGAUGUCUCAGGUCAUGAGAGAGUGGGAAGAGGCAGAACGCCAAGCAAAGAACUUGCCGAAGGCCGACAAGAAAGCUGUCAUCCAGCAUUUCCAGGAGAAAGUGGAAUCACUGGAACAAGAAGCAGCGAAUGAAAGACAACAACUGGUAGAGACUCACAUGGCACGGGUGGAAGCCAUGCUGAACGACCGUCGCCGCAUUGCUCUGGAGAACUACAUCACAGCCCUGCAGACUGUCCCACCCAGGCCUCGUCACGUGUUCAACAUGCUGAAGAAGUACGUGCGUGCUGAGCAGAAAGACAGACAGCAUACUCUCAAACACUUCGAACAUGUCCGCAUGGUCGACCCAAAGAAAGCUGCCCAAAUCAGAUCUCAGGUUAUGACACAUCUACGUGUGAUAUACGAACGCAUGAACCAGUCUCUCUCUUUCCUCUACAAUGUACCUGCUGUGGCAGAGGAGAUCCAGGAUGAAGUCGAUGAGUUACUUCAGAAAGAGCAAAACUAUUCUGACGAUGUUUUGGCCAAUAUGAUCAGCGAACCCAGAAUCAGCUAUGGAAAUGAUGCUCUCAUGCCUUCAUUGACGGAAACUAAGACCACGGUUGAACUUCUUCCAGUGGAUGGAGAGUUCAGCCUAGAUGACCUUCAGCCAUGGCAUCCCUUUGGUGUUGAUUCUGUUCCAGCUAACACUGAAAAUGAAGUUGAGCCAGUUGAUGCCCGCCCAGCUGCAGACAGAGGACUCACCACACGACCAGGUUCCGGGUUGACCAAUGUUAAAACUUCAGAAGAGAUAUCUGAAGUGAAGAUGGAUGCGGAGUUCCGGCAUGACUCAGGAUAUGAAGUUCGUCAUCAAAAGCUGGUGUUCUUUGCCGAAGAUGUGGGUUCAAAUAAAGGUGCCAUCAUUGGUCUAAUGGUGGGAGGUGUUGUCAUAGCAACAGUGAUUGUCAUUACUUUGGUGAUGCUGAAGAAGAAGCAGUACACAUCCAUUCAUCAUGGGGUUGUGGAG